GUUAUUAUAAAUUGAGAAGUUUUACACUGUUAAUCGCCAAUACAUGAUGAAGAAGUCACUGGCAGUGUUUGUACUACUUUUAAUUUAUUUACAGGUUGUCCAAGUGGAGUCACGACGACAAGUAAUAUGUCGCGGUAGCCGUGUGUGUGGUGAGGACGGAAGGACGUACACAAACGCCUGCUUGGCUAGACGAAGGGGUGUCACCAUAGCAUGCAAUCGGAGAUGUCCGUGUGAGCCAGACUGUAUAUGUACCGAGGAAUUCCAGCCUGUAUGUGGAGGGAAUGGCACAACAUACUCCAAUAAGUGCAAGGCCAAGUGUGCAAAUGCAAAAAUACAAUGCACUGGAAGUUGUCCGUGUACAGCGAGGUGUGCCUGUAACAGACGUCUCUCUCCUGUGUGUGGAGAAAACGGAAGGACAUAUCCAAACGCGUGUGUGGCAAAAUGCAAAAAGACUCGAGUAAAAUGCCCUGGUGGAUGUCCGUGUAACAAGAGAUGUAGAUGUCCUCCUUUUAAGGCUCAGGUGUGCGGGACGGACGGAAAGACAUACCUCAAUUCAUGUUCAGCACGUUGCAAGAAUGUUAGAGUCGAAUGUAACGGAAAGUGCCCAUGUAGAAAGUGUAAAUGUCCUGCAACAGGCAAACCAGUAUGUGGGGCGGAUAGAAAGACAUAUCCGAAUUCUUGUGCAGCUGUUUGCAAAAAUGUCCUGGUAAAGUGUAAAGGCAGGUGUCCGUGUUCAAAGAUACCAUGUAGGUGUCCACCAACCAAUAGCCCAGUGUGUGGAUCGGACGGGAAAACAUACAGGAAUAUAUGCUCAGCAUCAUGCAAAAAAGUCCGAGCGAAAUGCCCUGGUAGGUGUCCGUGUAACAAGACGUGUAGAUGUCCUCCUAUUAAGGCUCAAGUUUGCGGGACGGACGGAAAGACAUACCUCAAUUCAUGUUCAGCACGUUGCAAAAAAGUCCGAGCGAAAUGCCCUGGUAGGUGUCCGUGUAACAAGACGUGUAGAUGUCCUCCUUUUAAGGCUCAAGUUUGCGGGACGGACGGAAAGACAUACCUCAAUUCAUGUUCAGCACGUUGCAAGAAUGUUAAAGCCCAAUGUAACGGAAAGUGCCCGUGUAAAAAGUGUAAAUGUCCUGCAACAGGCAAACCAGUAUGUGGGGCGGAUAGAAAGACAUACCCAAAUGCUUGUUCAGCUGUAUGCAAAAAUGUCCUGGUCAAGUGUAAAGGCAGGUGUCCGUGUUCAAGAAACAAAUGCAGUAUGUGUCCACCACGCAAAAGCCCAGUAUGUGGAGCGGACGGAAGGACAUACAAAAAUCUAUGCUUAGCGUUAUGCAAGAAGGUGAAAAUCCAAUGCCUAUCUGCCUGUCCUUGUCCUUAUCUUGAAGUUAAGAUUUAAAAUCAAGUUAUUUUGACUUCAAAGAUUUUAUUUUGUAAACUCAUGCUUUAUCAGCCAUAUCCAUGGUCAUGCAGUGACGGUCAUUUUGACAGUAAAGCGCCUGGACCUGAUUACAAUCUCAAUUUGUUUGUAUAUGCGCGUGAAAACAUGAUAACUGUAACGAUUUAUCAAGGAUGUACAGUACUACGCCACCAAGUCACUUAUUUCUUACCAACUAAUACUAAUAAUAAAGAAGUUACCAAA